CACACGAGAGAAAAUAUCAAAACAAUACCGGCUGACGAACAAACGGAGAGCAUUUAGCAGAUAAUAAUUGGUCAAAAAUAAGUACUUGAAAGUUCAUAAUUAACUUUAUAAACUCCGAGCAAAUUUAACACCAUGAGCAACCUGAUCGGAAACUUAGUUCCAUUGUUCAGGCGCAGUUUUCUACAGCUGACUACUGCACGAACUUAUGCAACACCAAAGGCUGGCGGCGCUCUGGGUGGAUCGAAAAAGAAAAAACUCGGAAAACUUGGUCCAACGGUGGAGAAAAAAGUGAUUCCCGUCGAAACGGACACGGCACGACUGGUAAAUUAUGUGUGUGGUAGCAACAUAUUGAAACAGGGAGAAGAUGUAAAAUUACAACCCGACACAGAAUAUCCUGAAUGGUUGUGGAAGUUACAUGUAGGUGCCCCACUUACGCUCGAAGAAAUGGAUCCCAACACGAAAGCGUACUGGAGAAAGCUAAGACGAAUGGCAUUACAGCGCAAUAAUAAGCUAGCCAAGCUAAAGAAAUUCUGAAGUCUAGUACAAUCUGCAAUGUGCUUGGGAUGCGCCAAACAAGUACAUCCCCAUAUUCAUAGAAGGUAACACGAAGAAGGAAAUAAAUCGUUAUAGU